AUGUCCGCCUCUGAGCUCCCCGUGGAACGACAGCUUACUCCCGCCGUUCCUGACGCCCUGGACAGGCUUGCAAGAACUCUACAUCUGUGGUCCCUUGCACAGGCUUGCAAGAGAGAGCUCUACAUUUACAGUCCCCUGCGCAGGCUUCUAAGAGCUCCUUGUGAGCAGGCCUGGGGCGGCUGCGGGCAGAAAAAGAAGCGCCAUGGCAGGCUCGGCGAUUCUUUCUGCCUGCGGCCGCCCCCAUUCAUUAGGGGGCGAAUCCGCUCUGUGCCGAACUGUUCGGGAGAGGCGCUCUUCGGCUUCAGCUACUCCCUCAAAGGAGGUGGGGUACACCUAAGGUCCGGAUUUCGACUACAUGGCGGGGGAGAGGGAGGAUAUCUUUUUGGUUUGUUUUGGUUUGUUUUGAUCUUCAACACAUCACAACAUCAUGACGAGGUCCAGAAGCUUGCCCUCAUCGCCCAGGGAGGCACUACCCCUUACUAG